GGGGAAAAGACGCACCUCGGUCUGCAGCCAAGAUAACUCACCUACUACAGCUUGCCGGUUAAAUUGCCAAACCUCAGCCAGUCGGAAGUGACGUGCCAGCAUAGACUCUCAGUUAUAAUGGCAGAGACAAGUCUGUUAGAGGCUGGAACCUCUGCAGCCUCCACAGCCGCUGCUCUGGAGAACCUGCAGGUGGAAGCAAGCUGUUCUGUAUGCCUAGAGUAUCUGAAGGAGCCAGUUAUUAUUGAAUGUGGGCACAACUUCUGCAAAGCGUGCAUUACCCGCUGGUGGGAAGACCUAGAGCGGGACUUCCCUUGCCCUGUCUGUCGGAAGACAUCCCGAUACCGGAGUCUCCGGCCUAACCGACAGCUAGGCAGUAUGGUGGAAAUCGCCAAGCAGCUCCAGACGGUCAAGCGGAAGAUCAGAGAUGAAAGCCUCUGCUCCCAGCACCACGAACCUCUUAGCCUUUUCUGCUAUGAAGACCAGGAGGCUGUCUGUCUGAUAUGUGCAAUUUCUCAUACCCACCGGCCCCACACCGUCGUGCCGAUGGAUGAUGCUACACAGGAAUACAAGGAGAAACUUCAGAAGUGCCUGGAGCCCCUGGAACAGAAGCUGCAGGAGAUCACCUGCUGCAAAGCCUCCGAAGAGAAGAAGCCGGGGGAGCUCAAGAGACUGGUGGAGAGCCGCCGGCAGCAGAUCUUAAAGGAGUUUGAGGAGCUGCACAGGCGACUGGACGAAGAGCAGCAGACACUGCUUUCACGACUGGAGGAAGAAGAACAGGACAUUCUACAGCGACUUCGAGAAAAUGCUGCUCACCUUGGGGACAGGCGCCGGGACCUUGCCCACUUAGCUGCUGAGGUGGAGGGCAAGUGCUUACAGUCAGGCUUCGAGAUGCUUAAGGAUGUGAAAAGUACCCUAGAAAAAUGUGAGAAGGUGAAGACCAUGGAGGUGACUUCAGUAUCCAUAGAGCUGGAAAAGAACUUCAGCAAUUUCCCCCGGCAGUACUUUGCCCUAAGGAAAAUUCUUAAACAGCUAAUUGCGGAUGUGACUCUGGACCCCGAGACUGCUCACCCUAACCUCGUCCUGUCAGAGGAUCGGAAAAGCGUCAAGUUUGUGGAGACAAGACUCCGAGACCUCCCUGACACACCGCAGCGUUUCACUUUCUACCCUUGUGUCUUAGCUACUGAAGGCUUCACCUCAGGUCGACACUACUGGGAGGUGGAGGUGGGUGACAAGACCCACUGGGCAGUAGGAGUAUGCCGGGACUCUGUGAGCAGAAAGGGCGAACUGACUCCACUUCCUGAGACUGGCUACUGGCGAGUGCGGCUGUGGAAUGGGGACAAGUAUGCAGCCACCACCACGCCUUUUACCCCUUUGCACAUCAAGGUGAAGCCCAAGCGGGUAGGCAUAUUCCUAGACUAUGAGGCUGGCACACUGUCCUUUUACAACGUCACAGACCGUUCACAUAUCUACACCUUCACUGAUACUUUUACUGAAAAACUUUGGCCCCUCUUCUACCCAGGGAUCCGGGCCGGUCGGAAGAAUGCUGCACCACUUACCAUUAGGCCCCCAACAGAUUGGGAAUGACAAGAGAUGCAGUUUAAUUGGGGUGAGGCAAGGUCAAGAGCGGUGGGCCUUCCUAACUGGCCUGCUAGAAUAUCUUGGUGUCUCCGUGGUUCCAGUCUUGAGCCAUCUUGAGAAACCACCUCGCAUCUGGGAUGGUUUGUGUGAGGAGUAAAGAUAGGACUGGGCUGCAUGACCAAGCACAGAUGAGUGUCCCUCCUUACUGUAGUGGGAGAGUGGACUCCCAGGGGAUUGUACUCUGGUGUCCCGCAGGUUUCCUAGUGCACGGGGACAGGUUGAGAAAGCAAAAGCUUUCCAGAAACAAAGUCUAUAGGAAAGGGUCUUAACUUGCUUAAAAUGCAGGAAACAGAAACCUUUAAAAGGCUUCUGUGACGCAGAAUAGCCUUGUUCCUUGUGGGAGCGCACAGGGGUCUGUAUACCUCGGUGUCGGAAAGAUGAGUGGCAGUUGCUGUCAUGAGUCUAGAAGUCGAGGGGCUUUUCCGGGGCCAGAGCUUGAGCAUUAAAGUUAGGAGAAGGAUCAGGGAAGAGGCUGAAGGAAUGUUUCUAGGAUGAAUGAAGGGAAGGGGGUUUUCUUUGGUCUCUUUUCUUCUUAGGGUAAUGCUAUCAUUACCCAUAGGAUUAGCCAGAGGUUCAGAUUUGGGGAGAAGGAAAGGAUGGGGAAAAAGGAGACUCCAUGUCCCAAAGGCUUGCGUUAUUCCUGUUUCCUGCAGUUGGCUGUCUCUAAAAAGUAGGCUCCUCUUGCUUCCUUCUAAAGGUGAGAUGGAAGCAAUCCUGCAAGACAUACAUCUGAGCCGGGCGUGGUGGCAUACCCGGGAGGCAGAGACAGGCGGAUUUCUGAGUUCAAGGCCAGCCUGGUCUACAAAGUGAGUUCCAGGACAGCCACAGCUAUACAGAGAAACCCUGUCUCAAAAAACUCAAAAAGAAAAAGACAUACAUCGGUCCUUCCAUUGUUUCCCAAGGCAACUUGGAGAGGAGUCAGAUAUUAGAGGAGAGAGAAAGGUGUAGCUAAAGCCUUGGCCUUAAGGAAUGUUCCUAAGUGGUUAUUCCCAACUUGUCCACCUUGCCCCCUGGCUCAAAGACCUAAGGAAAGAAGGGAAGGUGAUGGAGUCUUUCUCACCCAUGAGAACAGGGUAGAAGAGGGUGGUUUGUGUAGCAAAGGGCCAGAAGACAGCUAAGCUUCUAUUUCUAUCCUUCACCCUUUGACAUUCCCCUUUUCAGAGAAUGUAAAUUAUUUUAAUUUUAGGCCAAAAUAAACAACCCAUAGGGUACAUAUUUUGUCACAAAAGGUACCAGAUGCAUGCCAAACCAAACAACCUGGAUUAUCUGCUGCCUGGGUAAUCUUCACACAAGACUGAGACAAGAAACUGCAGUGAGGGCAUUCAGUUCCUCCUACCACCUCAACAGGACUUUGUCCACUCUACUCUUACCUUUGUGCCUUGACUGUGGUUCUUUGUGGCAAGAUAAUUGGUUGGUGAAAAUAUGGAACAAAGGAUCCACUAAUGUG